GCUUGGGCUUGGUUGUCGUAGCCUGGGAUGCAUGGUCCCGCGGCGUCGCUGAGGCUCCCGUGCUGCUCUGGCCCGUCCGCGGGGUGCUUGAGCCCCGGGCCCGUGCGGGUCUUUCAUUCCGUGGAGGUCGCGGUCCCCGGGGCGCCCCGUCCGCUCUGUCCUGCCUUCAUGCUGCGGAUUCCAAGCAAGGUGUUGGGUCUGGAGCGGCCACCGCCCUUCCCCCUUCAUUGACCCGCCUCGUUUUACUUUUUUAAGAUCCUACUUCUUUUUUGCGUUUACAAAACUGAAAGUGUUUCUUCCUCAAUCCUGGCCACACUCUAACUCCCCGGGGAAACCUACAUCUCAGAGCCCUUGAAGCGCGCUUUUUACUCUUACUUUGCGUCGACCUGUACGAAUUUUGGCCACUUUACCCUUUGCCCUUUUUGAGUAUAUUUAACCAAACACAAUUCCUUCCAUUAACCAACAAUAGAAGGCGUGUUUAGGAUCUAGACUGCCUGAGAUUGAAUCCCAGCCCUGCCACUUACUAGCUGUGUAAACUGGACAAAAUAACUUCUUUGUGCUUCAAUUUCUUCUUCUUUAAAAUGACCAUAUGAGUAUUUAAUUCAUUGUAUCGUUGGGAGCAUUAAUUAAGUUAGUAAAUGGUAAAGCACAACACUGCUUAACAAAUGAUAUUGAUGAUGAUUGUUAGAUGCCGGCCCCGUUUCUGAGCUCCAGGAGGCAGACUCUGCUCUUCUGGUGCUUAUGUUUUAGUGGGAAAUAUUUAUGAAUCACUUCGUUUAGGUACUCAUCCUUAGUUUCAUAAGGAUUCAUGUUGUUGAGUGAGUCAUGUUCUCAAUAUAUUUGACCAUGUUUUUUAUUCUUUAGUUACAAAUCAAGAGGAAUCGAGAAUCUGAUGGCAUGGCUUUAAUUACCUUGCGCAGGAACCUUUGUCAUUUAUCUGAUUUUCGGAUACAUGGAGCUCUGGCUGCUCUGAAAAAUCAACCUGUAAAUCAUGUUCACAAGGUCGUCAGGGAGCAUCUGUGUCCAUGGUUCUGUUCCUUACAACCUGAGCCUUUCAGGGUCAGGUUCCAUCACGCCUGUUGUAAAAAGUUCCAUUCAGAAAAUGGAAAUGACCUUCAUUCAGCUGGUGAGCCGGUGUUCUCUCAAGUACAUGAUUGGGACAGGCUUGAACAAAAUCUUAAAAACGUGGAUGAACAGAUAUUUUACAGGAGACUAAACAACUUCACCUCAUCAGAAGAACUGUUACAUUUUAUAAGCACACUGCAAACUUUGCCUGAUACGAUGGCAGCAGGAGCCUUGAAACGGAUUUGUGAAGUGGAAAGAAAAGAUGGCGAUCAAAGGCUGCCAAAAGAAAUACUAGAGAAUAGUGUCUUUCAAGCUUUAUGCAUUCAGUUUGAACAGGAACCUUCAAAUCUGUCAAACACUGGUUUGGUGACUGCUUUGCAGGCCCUGACUCUGUUGUAUGUGGAUUCCCAAAGUAGCCUGUUACUGAACCUGCUGGCAGAAUGCCAGCGUCGUCUCCAAAGGGGUGACCUAGAAGUUCACAGUCUUUGUGUUCUGGGGGAAAGUCUCAUUAAACUGCAAGGUCCAGGUUGUGCAGCACUAGAACUGGUUAUAUGUCAACUGCAAGGUGAAAAAUUGGAAAAAUUUACCCCCGGGGGUAUUGUGGCCCUUUAUAGAAUACUGCAGGCAUGUCCUGAAAAAGUGGACCAACACCAGACGUUUCUAAAUAAGAUAAACAACUUUUCUCUGUCAAUAGUUUCCAACCUGAGUCCUACAUUGAUAAGCCAAAUGCUCACUGCCCUAGUGGUUCUUGAUCAAACUCAGGCACUUCCUCUGUUUAUAAAAUUGGGUAAAUGUGUUGUGAGGCAUAUCCCUCAUUUCACUAAUGAAGAACUCGUAAAAGUCUUAGAGGCUUUCAUAUACUUUGGGCACAAUGACAGGUUUUUUACAAAAGCCCUAGAGCAACACGUGGCCUCACUGUGUCUCACCUUGGAUCCUGAGGUUGUCAGCAAAGUUAUGGAGUACUGUGGUCGAAAACUGAUUCUUUCAAUACCCAUCCUCGAUGCAGUGGCAGAAACUUUUGUUUGCCAAUCAGAAAAAUUUUCACCUAGUCAAAUUUCUGAGUUAAUAGAACCAUUUGGGAAACUCAAUUAUUUGCCACGAAACGCCUCUGCUUUAUUUAGAAAACUAGAGAAUAUGGUACUUGCUCAUUUCAAUUAUUUUCCACCCAAAACACUAUUGAAACUUCUCCAUUCAUGUUCGCUUAUCGAAUGCCAUCCGGUCAACUUUAUGGCAAAAAUAUUCAGCCCUUAUUUUCUUCAACAGCUGCAAGGUGAUGAAUCAUACUUGGACAGACUGAGCCUGGCACAACUGACCCAGCUUUUCUUAACCUCGAUCCUAGAAUGCCCUUUCUAUAAGGGUCCAAAACUUCUUCCUAAAUAUCAAGUGAAGUCAUUUCUCACUCCGUGCUGCUCCCUGGAGACCCCUGUGGACUUCCAGCUUUAUAAAUCUGUGAAGACUGGGCUGAUCGAUCUCCUAGGAGCAAGGGUGUAUUUUGCUUCAAAAGUGUUAACGCCCUAUCGUUACACGAUAGCCUUCAGCCCACUUGGUAAAUGCAGUGUGGAAGAAAUCAGAACAAGGAGGAGUGAAGGAAGAUAAUGUUUGUGAGGGUAUCACACGAAGAAUUUUUCCUUUCUUGUCU